AAUCUCUCUAAAUGGUGUAUUGUGUUUCAGCUGUUUAUUAACAACGAAUGGCAGGAAGCUGUGAGUGGGAAAACCUUUCCUACAAUCAAUCCAUCCACUGGAGAAAUCAUCUGCCAGGUUGCAGAGGCUGAUAAGGCAGAUGUAGAUAAGGCAGUGAAGGCUGCACAUAACGCCUUCAGGCUGGGCUCACCAUGGCGCCGUAUGGAUGCAUCUGAUCGGGGCAGACUUCUUUACAAAUUAGCCGAUGCUAUUGAAAGAGAUUCUGCCUACCUCGCUGAACUGGAAACCUUGGACAACGGGAAGCCGUAUGUCAUCGCCUAUCUGGCUGAUUUACCCUUGGUUGUGAAAUGUCUCAGGUACUAUGCAGGUUGGGCAGACAAGUGGGAGGGGAAGACCAUCCCUGUUGAUGGAGAUUACUUCACCUAUACCAGACAUGAACCUGUUGGAGUCUGUGGACAGAUAAUACCUUGGAACUUCCCUCUGGUGAUGCAGGCCUGGAAACUUGGGCCAGCCUUAGCAACUGGUAAUACUGUCGUGAUGAAAGUUGCUGAACAAACACCACUCACAGCACUCUAUGUGGCCAGUCUUAUUAAAGAGGUUGGAUUUCCUGAAGGCGUGGUCAAUAUCUUGCCUGGAAUGGGACCAACAGCUGGUGCAGCCAUUGCCAGCCACAUGGAUGUUGACAAGGUGGCCUUUACUGGAUCCACAGAGGUAAAUAUGUCAGAAAUUUCUGUUCACAUCUAGAUCUAAUGAAAUUCCAGUCCUAUCCUCAGGUGCA